AUUGCCGCGGUUUUAGCUUUCUCCGUCCUGGUCUCCGUUCUCGUCACCUGCAGAGAACGCUGAGAAAAACCCUAGAUACCGUACAAAACCUAGAAAAAUGUCGGGAGCUGGUGGUGCUGCUGGUACUCAGGAAGAAGAUAAGAAACCGAUGGAUCAAUCGGCUCACAUCAAUCUCAAGGUCAAAGGCCAGGAUGGGAAUGAGGUGUUUUUCAGGAUCAAGCGCAGCACCCAGCUGCGAAAGCUCAUGAAUGCAUACUGUGAUCGUCAGUCAGUUGACUUCAAUUCCAUUGCUUUCUUAUUUGAUGGACGUCGGCUGCGUGGAGAGCAGACCCCAGAUGAACUUGAAAUGGAGGAUGGGGAUGAAAUUGAUGCUAUGCUGCACCAAACUGGCGGCGGCAGCCAUGGAGUCGCAUGAUUUUGCUUGCCCCACAAAAAAUGAAUACUGCUGUUUGCUUAAUUUAGUAAAGACUUUUUUUCCUGUAUAGAAGGAUCCGGCAUGGACAAGUGAUCAAACAGACAAAUUUGAAACGUUUGCUUUUAUAGGUUUUGAUAAACAGGUCAGUCCCUAUUGAGGUUUGCACUUCUA